GACUGGGCUUGCCCAUAGUGAUCCCAUUAUCAUCUCCGUCUAACUGGACAGUCAGCAUCGUUUUGUCUCUUAGAGUCACACACAGUUGAGUACAUUUGGGGAAGCCCACCCAGAGUGGCCACCAUGGGGGACGAUAGCGAGUGGAUGAAGCUUCCCGUCGACCAGAAAUGUGAACAUAAGGUUUGGAAAGCCCGUCUGAAUGGUUAUGAAGAAGCUUUUAAGUUGUUCAAGAAGAUAGAAGAUGAGAAGAGUCCAGAGUGGGGGAAGUACCUGGGGCUAAUAAAGAAGUUUGUCACUGACUCUAAUGCUGUGGCUCAGCUGAAAGGCCUGGAGGCUGCCUUGGCCUUCAUUGAGAAUGCUCAUGUAGCUGGCAAGACCACGGGUGAGGUGGUGUCAGGCGUGGUGACCAAAGUGUUCAACCAGCCAAAGGCGCGGGCCAAGGAGAUGGGCAUGGACAUCUGUCUGAUGUACAUCGAAAUGGAAAAGGGCGAGGUGGUGCAAGAAGAGCUGCUCAAAGGACUGGAAAACAAGAACCCCAAGAUCGUGGUGGCCUGCAUCGAGACUCUCAGAAGGGCCCUCAGUGAGUUUGGGUCUAAGAUUGUAACAUUGAAGCCAGUAGUGAAGAUUCUAUCCAAGCAGUUUGAGUCCAGAGAGAAGGCGGUUCGAGACGAAGUCAAGCUGCUCUCCGUUGAGAUCUACAAAUGGAUCAGAGAUGCUCUCAGACCUCCACUGCAAAAUAUUACCUCCGUUCAGCUGAAGGAGCUGGAGGAGGAGUGGGUGAAGCUGCCUUCAUCUCCUCCCAAACAGACCAGGUUCCUGCGCUCCCAGCAUGACCUGAAGGCAAAGUUUGAACACCACCAAGCCCAAGGGGAACUGUCCGAUGGAGAGGAUGAGGCGGACACAGUAGUAGCAGUGGAUCCUUACGAACUGCUGGAAGCCGUGGACAUUUUGGCAAAGAUGCCCAAAGACUUUUAUGACAAAAUAGAAGCUAAAAAGUGGCAGGAGAGGAAAGAAGCUCUGGAGGCUAUAGAGACUCUGACAAAGAACCCGAAACUAGAGAACGGAGACUAUGGAGACCUUGUCAGAGCUCUGAAGAAGGUUGUGGGGAAAGAUGCUAACGUGAUGCUGGUGACCUUGGCAGCUAAAUGUCUGGCUGCACUGGCCUCUGGUCUCAGGAAGAAGUUUGGAACAUAUUCGGGACAAGUGGUCCCAACUAUUCUGGAGAAGUUCAAGGAGAAGAAACCUCAGGUGGUCCAGGCCCUGCAAGAGGCUAUUGACGCCAUCUUCCUCACUACCACUCUUCAGAACCUGUCGGAGGACAUCCUGGCUGUGAUGGACAAUAAGAACCCGUCCAUUAAGCAGCAGACCUCUCUGUUCCUGGCCCGCUCCUUCAGACACUGCACUCAGGCCACGCUGCCCAAGAGUGUCCUGAAACCCUUCUGUGCUGCUCUCAUCAAGCAAGUGAAUGACUCCGCUCCAGAGGUGCGUGAUGCCGCUUUUGAAGCUUUAGGGACAGCCAUGAAAGUGGUGGGGGAGAAAGCUGUUAAUCCUUUCCUGUCUGAUUUGGACAAACUCAAACUGGAAAAGAUAAAAGAGUCUGCUGAUAAAGUGGAUCUCCCUGGGAAGAAGGGUGCAGGAGGGGAAAAGAAGCCAGCAGCUAAAGCUCCUCCCCCUGCUGAAGCUCCACCCAAAUCAUCUGCCCCACCUAGAAAGGCCCAAGCCUCUUCCAGCAAGUCGUCAGCAGGUCCAUCUAAAAAAGGCAAAGCAGCCUCUGCAGCGGGUGGAAAAUCAAAGAAGGCCCCUGAAAGUAAAGAUUUCAUCGAGACUGAACUCUCUAUUGAGGCGUGUGAGGAGAAGGCAGCCGCUGUACUUCCUGCUUCCUGUAUGCAGCAGCUGGACUCAGCCAACUGGAAGGAGAGACUGGCGUGUAUGGAGGAGUUUCAGAAGGCUGUUGAGACCAUGGAUAAGGCAGACAUGCCGUGCCAGGCUCUGGUCAGGAUGUUGGCCAAGAAACCAGGUUGGAAGGAGACCAACUUCCAGGUGAUGCAGAUGAAGCUGCACAUCGUGGCUCUCAUAGCUCAGAGAGGACAGUUUUCAAAGACCUCAGCCUCUGUGGUUUUGGAUGGCUUGGUCGACAAGGUGGGAGACGUCAAAUGUGGUGGGAACGCCAAAGAGGGACUGACUGCUAUUGGAGUGGCGUGCUCACUGCCUUGGACUGCAGAGCAGGUUGUGUCUAUGGUGUUUGCACAAAAGAACCCCAAAAACCAGGCGGAGACUCUCAACUGGCUGGCUAAUGCCAUGAAGGAGUUCGGCUUUGUCGGUAUCAAUGUGAAGGGCUUCAUCAACAACGUGAAGACUGCUCUGGGAGCGACUAACCCUGCCGUGCGGACGGCUGCCAUCACCCUGCUGGGAGUCAUGUACCUGUACAUGGGUGCUCCUCUUCGCAUGUUCUUUGAAGAUGAGAAGCCUGCUCUCCUGACACAGAUAGAUGCCCAGUUUGAGAAGAUGCAGGGCCAGUCUCCACCAGCUCCCAUCAGAUUCACCAAGAAGUCAGCGGCAGCGGAAGAGGAGGAGGGUGAUGAAACAGAGGAGCAGGAAGAAGAUGGUGGAGGAGGAGGAGGACAGGACAUCAUGGACUUGCUGCCCAGAACAGAUAUCUGUGACAAAAUUACAUCUGAUCUGGUAUCUAAAAUUGGUGAUAAGAACUGGAAGAUCAGGAAGGAGGGUCUGGAUGAGACUGCAGCCAUCAUCUCAGAGGCCAAGUUCAUCACCACAAACAUCGGAGACCUGCCUCUUGCCUUGAAAGCACGACUCGGUGAUUCCAACAAAAUCCUGGUGCAGCAGACCCUGACUAUCCUGCAGCAGCUGGCUGCAGCCAUUGGACCGGGACUCAAGCAGCAUGUCAAAGCCCUGGGAAUGCCUAUCAUCACUGUACUUGGAGACAGCAAGGCUAAUGUUAGGGCAGCUGCCCUGAGCACUCUGCAGGCCUGGGUGGAGCAAACUGGGAUGAAGGAGUGGCUAGAAGGAGAAGACCUGUCAGAGGAGCUAAAAAGAGAGAACCCCUUCCUACGACAGGAGGUGCUGGGCUGGUUAGCAGAGAAGCUGCCGACCCUGAGGACGGUCCCUGCAGACCUUAUGCUGUGUGUCCCUCUCCUCUACGCCUGUCUGGAGGACAGAAACGGAGAUGUGAGGAAGAAGGCUCAGGACGCCCUGCCGACCUUCAUGAUGCACCUGGGACAUGACAAGAUGGACAAGGCUGCUGGGAAACUCAAACCUGCCUCUAGGGAUCUUGUGGUAGCCAUGUUGGAAAAGGCCAGAGCAGUGAUGCCAGCUAAACCUGCUGCCCCUGCCAAAGCUGGAGGGGGGAAAAGCUCUGCAGAGCCAAGCAGAGCUGCUUCAGCCUCCAGGCAGCCAGCUGGGGAGGACUGUGUGGACAGUAAACCUGAAGUUAAGAAGAUCCGAGGAGGAGGAGGAGGAGGAGCGGCCACAAAGAAGCCUUCCUCCCCUCCCAAGGAACCUGUCCCUUCCCCUCCCUCCAAGGACAAGGACAGUAAUGCUAGUAAAAAGCCCCCCGGCAAAGGGAAGGCUGCUGCAAGCAGUCAACAGGGUCCAGCUGGUAAGAAGCCCGCAGCCAAACCCCAGAAAGAUGAGGAAGACAAGUCCGGGCCGAUCUUUGUCCUCAUCCCCAACGCCAAAGAACAGAGGAUCAAAGAGGAGAAGCAACUGAAGAUUUUGAAAUGGAACUUCAACACUCCUCGAGAUGAAUAUUUGGAGCAGCUGAAAACCCAGAUGUCCACCUGCUUUGCUAAGUGGUUGCAGGAUGAGCUCUUCCACUUUGACUUCCAGAGACACGUCAAGGCUAUAGGAGUCAUGAUUGAGAGGAUGGAAAGUGAGAGUGACGCUACCAUCAGCUGUCUGGACCUCAUUCUGAAGUGGUUCACCCUGAGGUUCUUCGACACCAAUACCACAGUCCUGAUGAAGGUGCUGGAAUAUCUGAAGCUGCUAUUUGCCAUGCUGAACCGAGAGGACUACCACCUGACUGAGUACGAGGCCAACUCUUUCGUCCCCUACCUCAUACUCAAGGUUGGAGAGCCAAAGGAUGGAGUACGCAAAGACGUCCGGGCGAUCCUGGCCAUGCUUUGUAAGGUGUACCCAGCAUCCAAGGUCUUCCCGUUCCUCAUGGAAGGAACCAAGUCCAAAAACUCCAAACAGAGAGCUGAAUGUCUGGAGGAGUUGGGUUGUUUGAUAGAGGGCUAUGGGAUGAAUGUCUGUCAGCCGACUCCAGCCAAGUCUCUGAAGGAGAUUGCCGUUCACAUCGGGGACAGAGACACGUCUGUCCGCAAUGCUGCCCUCAACACAGUGGUGGCUGUCUACAACGUCAGCGGGGACCAAGUCUACAAACUGAUAGGAAAUUUGUCAGAGAAAGACAUGAGCAUGCUGGAGGAAAGAAUCAAGCGUUCAGCAAAGAAGGCUGCUGCAGCUCCUGCCAAGCCCAGCGCCCCGGAGAGGACCCAGAGAGAGCCCCCCGCUAACCCUAACGCCACCUUCCGCCGCAAGCCUGCACAGGAAGACCCCAAUAAACUCAAAAUAAUGUAUCGCACGUAUAGGAUCCAAGCACGUCAGAACGCCCAGCACAGCGAGUCCUCACACCCCUCCAUCCCCAAGGAGUUCCAGUUGGACCUUGACAUGAUUGAGAUGGACCAGAGCAGAGUGUGUGAGCUGCCGGAUCUGGUGCAACACAAGCUGGACGGGCUGCUGGAGCCCAUCAAGAUCCCUGAACCCAAGAUGCGUUCCGUCUCUCCACACUAUGACGACCUCCACAACAGCACGGCCUCCACCAUCAACUUGGUUAUCUCUCAGGUGGCUAGCGGGGACAUUAACAACAGCAUACAGGCACUGGCACAGAUCGACGAGGUGUUGCGUCAGCAGGACAAAGCAGAAGUCAUGUCAGGACACAUCGACCAGUUCCUCAUCGCUACCUUCAUGCAGCUCAGGCUCAUCUACAGCACACACAUGGCUGAUGACCGGCUGGACAAGAGGGACAUCACCAAACUGUACAGCUGCAUCAUAGGAAACAUGCUCUCUUUGUUCUCUAUCGAGGCCCUGGCCAGAGAGGCAUCUAUGGGCGUGUUGAAGGACCUGAUGCACGGUUUGAUAACUCUGAUGCUGGACGCCAGAGUGGAGGACAUAACAGAUGGACAGCAGGUCAUCAGAUCUGUCAACCUAAUGGUCACCAGAGUGCUGGAGAGCUCUGACCAGACCAACAUGAUCAGCGCUCUGCUGGUUUUGCUUCAGGACAGUUUAGCUACAACAGCCCCCCCUAUGUUCUCUGAGCUGGUGAUGAAGUGUCUGUGGAGGAUGAUCCGCUUCCUCCCAGAGUCCAUCAACACCAUCAACCUGGAUCGGAUCCUGCUCGACGUCCACCUCUUCAUGAAGGCUUUCCCCAAGGAGAAACUGAAGCAGCUGAAGAGCGACGUCCCUCACAGAACCCUCAAGACGCUGCUGCACACACUCUGCAAGCUGACCGGGGCCAAGAUCCUGGACCACCUGUCCAUGAUAGAGAACCGUAAUGAGUCUGAGUUGGAGGCCCACUUGAUGCGGGUGGUCAAACACUCUGGAAACCUGUCCGGACAGAAGAGUGACCGUGGCAACGAGAAGGGUGGUCUGCGCACGGAGGAUCGGAUGUCAAAGGCUAACGUCAGUGACAUUCUGUCUGAAAUCUUCAAGAAGAUCGGCUCCAAGGAGAACACCAAAGAGGGUUUGACAGAGUUGUACGAAUACAAACAAAACUACUCUGAUGCAGACCUGGAGCCCUUCCUCAAAAACACAUCCCAGUUCUUCCAGAGCUACGUGGAGCGAGGCCUUCGCAUGAUCGAGUCUGAGAGGGAGGGCAAAGCUCGCAUCCAGACCUCAGCAGUGAUCCCUCAGCAUGGCGUGGACUUCAGUGUGAGCAGCAACUGUGAAGAGCUGAAACCAGCUGUCUACUACGAGAGACUCAAGAUCCUCCGACAGAGACAAGGCCUGGAAAACACCUCCAGGGGUGUGGGAGGAGGCGAGGACGAGCCUCAGCAGCGCCCCCCCAUCUCCUCCUUGCUGUCCUCCAAGCCGGCCGUGGCCUCGUCCACCGACAUGCUGCACAGCAAGCUGUCGCAGCUCAAAGAGUCCAGAGAGCUGUAUCAGCAGGAACACAACACACAUUCACAUUCCCCCACACACACCCGCUCCGCCUCCCCCGCCGCCAACCUGGACGACCUGAAGAAGCGUCUGGAGAAGAUCAAGAGCAAGAAGCAGUGAGCGGCUCCACCCGCUCUCCUUUCAGCAGUAGAAAGUACAACAUCCUCCUCUUUCACUUGUUCUGUGUCUUUUAUUUGUGUUCUGGGGGGUGAAAUAGAAAGCACGUGGACUCUUAAAGCCUCCCUCCCCCCUCCCCCGUCUGUUAACAAAGCAGGAAGCAACAGACAAACACCUGAACCCCACCCAACGUGCCUGUUCUUCACCAGGCAUCCAACUCAUUUUAGCAGAGGACGUUCAGAGUGAAUGAGGCUGGGACUGGGAUUUCAAGCCUCUACACACACACACACACACACACACACACACACACACACACACACACACACACACACACACACACACAAUACCAUCAAGUGUUUUGUGCUGCUAUUUAACAUCAAAAGCUAAACCCAGGAGAGAGCUUGGUGUGUGUCAGUCAGCUGUUCCUCUGUCUGUACAGAUUGUCCCACCCCCCACCCUCCUGUCUCGUCCUAGCCUUCACGUUAAGGGUGCCUCCCACCCUCACAUAUACACUUUUUACUGUAUGACGAUAAUGACAUAGUGAACUUAACCUCCUCCUCUCUGUUCUCGGUGUCACGGCACAAUAUGUCUGUAAAUAUUUAAGGUUUGUUAACCACUGUUAUGAAGUGCUUCUCAUGCGGUUUCAGGACAAAUGUACAACAGGAAGCUGCUGCUGUUCAGAUGGAGACUGAGGCGCUCGCUGUGUAAAUGUGCCUCUCCAGCGUCUCAUGAUGUGGACUUCUUGCAGAAAGUUUUGCUAUGUCUGCUUUAGCAAAGUAAAGAUUCUUAAUUAGUGAUGUUUAGUGGAAAGGGUUGUAGUUGACGAUGCUUUCAAAGAAACAGACACAAUAGGACUUGAAGCUCCAGCACUUAAUCAACAAAGCGUCUGAUUUCUAUCAAUUUCAGACAUUUGUUGCUGCCUUGAAAUGAGUCGAGUUGCAUUUACAUAGCGACACUCCAGCGCACUCGGUUCUGCCCUGAUGGGUUCAGUCUGCCGAGGCUCCAACGGCCAGCGCCGUGCUACAGGAAGUGGUUUGUGUAAGCAGGUGUUUGGGCAGAGGGUAUACCCAGCUCUCUUCUGAAAGAGCUUCUUGACUUUCGAGUAAACGCGAUGGUUUUUAAUCGUCCUCAGCAGAUUCGAUGUGACUAGAAGCUGCAGAAAACAGAGUUAAAAACAACUGCUUUUAUUCAGGAGACAAGGCACAAUGUAUCCCAACCUGUUGUUGCUGUUCAGCCAAUCAGGACUUCUCUCUUUCCCUUGAGAGAAAGCUGAGGGGGGAGUGUGUACAGGUUUGUGUUGGACUGUGCUGUGGGUCAACAUUGGGCUGUAAAUACUGUAUUUAAUGUCCUGCACUAACCUCCCUGCAGUUAUUUAACAUCAGCCACUCCGUUGUGUUCGUAGAUGUUGAGAGUGCGGCAUGAAGUCAGUUAUUUGUUUUUAUUUCCUCAUGUAAAUAAAGUUUGCAUUAACAAACAGCUGUGUAAUAAAGUCAUUGUUUUCCUGAUGACUAAGAAGAUGGCCUUCAGUCAUCAUGUGGAAAUAAAAGCAUAAAUAACAUGUUUUUUAAUUUAAAUGUCAGUACUAGUCUUACAUUGUUGCGCUCCAGCUUUCCUUGUAUAAUCCAUAGUGGAAAAUGUCAAUAAAGUCUUGUUUCUUUUUUAACAAUCCA